AUGCAGUGGUCUACCAUCACCACAAUCCUGACUCUUCUCCUCCUCAACACCUCCCAAGCCUCGGCCUUCAGCAUAGCUCGAGUUUGGGCCAGCUUCUACUCCGAGUGUCCCUCCGACAACUCGGCCAGCACCCCGACGAUCCCCGACGACACGGACGAACCGAGCAGCAGCAGCAGCAGCAGCAGCAACGACAACAUCCUUGCCCAUUUCUUCGCCUCCUUCUUCCAACGCACCGACGACCAAUCCGCCACCGUCGUCGUCGACGUCUACUCGGGCACCUGCCAGGCCUUCCCCGUCGGACGCCGCUACGAUGCCGACGCCCUCGCUUUCAACGCCGAAGCCGUCUACACCGGUCCCUACGAUCGCUGCAACAUUACCGUCCACGAAGUCCCCGGCUGCGUCGAUAAGCCCCUAAUCGAGGUUCCCAUUCAGGACGGCAGUGCUGAGUCCCAAUGCACCGAGCGCGUGUUCAGCUCCCUCUCGCAGAUGUGGAUCCUCUUGCACUGCGAGACCGAUAAGAAGUCGUCGUCUUCGGUGGGCGGCAGCAGCAGCAGCAGCAAGAUCAGCAGUACCAGCAGCGGGGGCCAGCAGACACCUUCGCAGCAAGCGCAAUCACAAGACCAGUCGUCGUCGUCGUCGUCGUCGUCGGCGUCGGCGUUGUCGGAUCCCACCACCCCCAAUAUCCCCGAUAUCCCCAAUAUCCCGGCCAUCCCCGACAUCCCGAAGCUGCAACCCACGAUCUUCUCCAAGUUGCACGCUACACUAGAAAACGCCACCGCUACCAAUGCCACCACCCUGGGUGCUAUCGGGGCGAACUCUACAAGCCGGGUUCUGUCGCGCACGAUGCGUCUGCGGCGCGCCGCGCGCAAUCGGCUGUCGAACUGGUGA